AUGAAAUGGUUCCACAAGGCGCUGCAAGUCGUGAACCAUAUUACAUUCAAGCUGGUGAUAUUGUCCGUCCGUUCGGUGUCGUUUUCGAUCCUGUUUUGUUUUCUCAAGUUAGAACCAUCCACGAGUGUGACGUUGUCCAGUCUUCCCAUACGGUGCUCCCGCAUCAGCCUGAUUCCAGGUGGAAAAUGGAAUUCCACGCGCUCAUAUGUAAUCGCUGCCUGGCCGGCUCCGACAAUUGGCAAUAGGGGGAACCUUAGGCUUGGGGGCGUCAUGCUUGUCUCACAAGUAUUUUUAGCACUGCGUCGCGCCGGGAGGGCGGGCGUCAAUCGAUGGCGAUUUGUGCGAUUUGUGCAAAGACGAGCUCGUCACACUGUCGAUGUGGGUAGGCACACGAUGAGCUUUGGUGGCGACAAGGCGGCAUUAGUGUCAAGUUACUUGCAGCCUGUCAGCAGUUCUGGGGCUGUGUACUCGGUCGUGCAGGUCGAAAGCCAAGCGGCCAAGCCGCCAGGAUAG